AAAUAUCAUAACAAAGGUCCAGUUAGAUUUUAUCGGGUUCAAGCCCAAUUCUCUCUCUCUCUCCUCUGCUUCUACCGAAACCCUAGAUCUGGUUCGCCGGCGGAUGCCCAAAACGCCGUUGACCCAGAUUCCGAUUUACUCAAACGGGAGCUUUUCGCGAUCUGGGUUUUGUUCAAAAUUGAACUUUUGGUAUUUGGCUAGAUAUUUGAGAGUGUGUUGCUGCACAUAGGAUGGCAACCCCAGAAACACCUGUUACUCCGGCAACUCCCACUGAAAAUCAUGAGAUGGUCCAUGAACAUGAGAUGAUACCUGAACAUGAGAUGGUCCAUGAACAUGAGAUGGGCCAUGAACAUGAGAUGGGCCAUGAACAUGAGAUGGGUCAUGAACAUGAGAUGAUACAUGAACAUGAGAUGGUUGAACACGAGAUAGUGCUUGGCAAUGAGAUGGUCCCAGGCAAUGGAAUGGUUUCGGACUAUGAGAUGAUUCCAGGAAAUGAGAUGGUUCUAGCAGAGCCACAACCCAACAAUGUUGAAACACCUCCAAGCAACACAGAAACUCAACCUGGUAAGCGUAGGAAAAAGAAAUCGAUAGUUUGGGAGCACUUCACCAUUGAAAAUGUUGCUGUUGGGACUAGAAGGGCACAAUGUAAGCAGUGCAAGCAAUCGUUUGCAUAUAGUACAGGGUCAAAAGUAGCAGGCACUAGUCAUCUGAAGCGCCAUAUUGCCAAAGGAUCAUGUCCGGUAGUCCUGCGUAAUCAGCAGAAUGAUCAAUUGACCCCAUAUAGUGCUUCUUCUAAGAUGACUGGAUAUGGGGGUAGUAAUGGUGCACCUAAACGCCGUUAUCGAACUGCUUCUGCUCCUUACGUUGCUUUUGAUCCAGACCGGUGCCGCCAGGAAAUCUCUAAGAUGAUUAUCAUGCAUGAUUAUCCCCUUCACAUGGUUGAGCAUCCAGGCUUUCUUACUUUUGUUCAGAAUCUUCAACCUCGUUUUGAUUUGGUGAGUUUCAACACUGUGCAAGGAGAUUGUGUGGCAACCUAUCUUAGAGAAAAGCAAGCCAUCCAGAAGGUGAUUGAGGGAGUGCCUGGGUGGAUCUGCUUAACACUAGAUAUGUGGUCGUCCCGUCACACUGUGGGCUAUGUAUUCAUAACUGGGCAGUAUGUUGACAGUGAGUGGAAAAUUCAUAGGAAAAUACUCAAUGUCAUCAUGGAACCAUAUCCAGAUUCUGAGACGGCUUUCAGCCACGCUGUUGCCGCUUGCCUUUCUGACUGGAGUAUGGAGGGGAAGUUAUUUUCUGUCACUAUUAAUCAACCACUGGGUGAUGCUGCUGCUGAUAACCUUAGAGCUUUACUCUCUGUGAAGAACCCACUUGUGCUUAACGGUCAAUUGUUGGUUGGAAAUUGUCUUGCUCGAACUUUAAGCAGCAUUGCCCAAGAUGCGUUUAAUUUUGUGCAUGGAACUGUUAAAAAAGUUAGAGAUAGCGUAAAGUAUGUGAAAACAUCGGAAUCUCAUGAGGAAAAGUUUAUUGAGCUCAAACAGCAGCUUCAGGUGCCUAGCACAAAGAUGCUGACCCUUGAUGACCGAACUCAAUGGAACACAACAUAUGAGAUGUUGUUGGCUGCAACUGAGUUGAAGGAAGUAUUUUCAUGCUUGGAUACAUUAGAUCCUGAUUACAAAGAUGCCCCAACUUUGGAAGACUGGAAGCAAGUUGAGACUCUCUGCUCUUACUUGAAAAUCUUCUUUGACUCUGCUAAUCUCCUGACUUCACCAACAAUUCCUACAACCAACACAUUCUUCCAUGAAGCGUGGAAGAUUCAAUUGGAAUUGGCUCGUGCUGCAGCAAGUGAAGAUCCAUUCACUAGCAGUCUUACCAAAAUGAUGCAAGAGAAGUUUGAUAAUUAUUGGAAGAGCUGUUGCUUAAUGUUAGCUAUUGCUGUAGUAAUGGAUCCACGCUUCAAAAUGAAACUUGUUGAAUUCAGUUUUUCCAAAAUAUAUGGGGAAGAAGCUGCCACCUACGUGAAGACUGUUGAGGAGGGAAUCCAUGAACUCUUUAAUGAAUAUGUGGCUCUUCCUCUACCUCUAACCCCAACUUAUAUUGAAGAAGUAAACGGCAGUGCUAUGAGUCAGGAGGAUGGCCAAGGCCUCGAUGCCUCUUGUAACGGGCUUGGACUUACUGAUUUUGACGUCUACAUUAUGGAGACUUCGAGCCAGCAGUCAAGGUCAGAACUUGAUCAAUAUCUGGAAGAGUCUUUGCUGCCUCGUGUUCACGAGUUUGAUGUGGUGGGUUGGUGGAAGCUUAACAGAAUGAAGUACCCAACUUUGUCAAAAAUGGCUCGUGAUAUCUUGUCAGUUCCUGUUUCAACCAUUGCUGCUGAUUCUAUAUUUAGCACGGUUAGCAAAGAGAUGGAUCGUUACAGGUGUUCCUUGCGACCUGAGACCGUGGAGGCCCUCAUCUGUGCCAAGGACUGGCUUCAGAAUGCAUCUAUAGACACUUUACCUGCACCAAUUAAAAUGGAAGUGCCGAUUUAGGUCUCGGUUAUGUGAAAUACUUGCUUAGAAUAGCUUUAUUAGCUGAUUAUUUCUGUUUUAUUUAAGACUAAUUAACAUUUGUCUUCUCCGUGUCGUCCGAGAAUCGACUUUCUUGUAUCAUAAUUUGGUACUUCUAGUCUUACUGGAGAGUUUAGUCCCCA